AUGUCAGUUUCGUUAUUACAACCUUAUUUUUUUAUGUCAAAGACAAAAAGCUACGCGCAAAUUCUCAUUGGAUCUCGGUUGUUCUUAACAGCGAUGGCUAUUCAUUUAAGUCUUCGGGUAGCACCACCAGAUCUUCAACAAGGUGGAAAUUCUCGUAUUUCGUAUGUACAUGUUCCUGCGGCUCGGAUGAGUAUAGUUAUUUAUAUCGCGACAGCUAUAAACAGUUCCUUGUUCCCAUUAACAAAACAUCCCCUUUUUCUUCGCUCUUCCGGAACCGGUACAGAAAUUGGUGCUUUUUCUACUUUGUUUACGUUAGUGACUGGGGGGUUUCGGGGAAGGCCUAUGUGGGGUACCUUUCGGGUGUGGGAUGCUCGUUUAACUUCUGUAUUCAUCUUGUUCCUUAUUUACCUGGGUGCACUGCGUUUUCAAAAGCUUCCUGUCGAACCGGCUCCUAUUUCAAUCCGUGCUGGACCGAUCGAUAUACCAAUAAUAAAGUCUCCAGUCAACUGGUGGAAUACAUCGCAUCAACCUGGGAGCAUUAGCCGAUCUGGUACAUCAAUACAUGUUCCUAUGCCCAUUCCAAUCUUGUCUAACUUUGCUAACUUCCCCUUCUCUACCCGUAUCUUGUUCGUUCUGGAAACACGUCUUCCUAUUCCAUCUUUUCCCGAAUCUCCCUUAACGGAAGAAAUAGAAGCUCGAGAAGGAAUACCACUAAAAACCUAG